UCCACGUGUUUUUUUCCCUCGGAUGGCCUCUUAAUCCCAGCCCAAAUCACCCACAGCAGGAGCAGUUUGCCUUUCUUAUCGGGGCCUCCGGCCAAACACCGGAGCCGGGAUAUAAGGAGCGCAGCCAGGAUCUGGGGCACAUUUUCCUUGAGCUCCCACCAUGAAGCUGCUCCUGCUCCUCGCCCUGGUGGGCCUGGCCCAGGGCUUCCAGACCAGGGUGCCGCUGAGGAAGAUGAAGUCGCUGCGGCAGAGGCUGCAGGAGCAGGGGUUGCUGGAAAGUUACCUGGAGCAGCAUCCCUACAACCUGGCUGCCAAGUAUAUCCCGGGCAUGGCUGUGGAGUCCUUGGAGAACUACAUGGAUGAUGAGUACUUUGGCACCAUCUCCAUUGGGACCCCACCCCAGGAAUUCACCGUGGUCUUCGACACCGGCUCCUCCAACCUCUGGGUUCCCUCGGUGUUCUGCGCCAGCCCAUCCUGCAGGAAUCACAACCGUUUCAAUCCCGCGGAGUCCUCCACAUUCCUCAGCACCAAUGACACGCUGUUCAUCGCCUAUGGCACGGGAAGCAUGACCGGAAUCCUGGGAUACGACACCGUCAACGUUGCUGGCCUCAACGUCCGCAACCAGAUUUUUGGGCUGGCUGAGACGGAGCCGGGGGAUUUCUUCUACUACACCCCCUUUGACGGCAUCCUGGGAUUGGCAUUCCCGAGCAUUGCCUCCUCCGGAGCCACCCCUGUCUUCGACAACAUGAUGAUGGAAAACCUGGUGGACAGGCAUCUGUUCUCUGUCUACCUGAGCAGGAACAGCCAAAGUGGGAGCUUUGUCCUCUUCGGUGCCAUUGAUCCCUACUACACCACCAGAGGCAUCUCCUGGAUCCCGCUCUCUGACGAAACCUACUGGCAGAUCUCCAUGGAGAGUGUCUCCAUCAAUGGGACUCCGGUGGCCUGUUCCUUUGGAUGCCAGGCCAUCGUGGAUACGGGAACCACGCUCUUGGCUGUUCCUAUCCGAGCCUUCCGGACCCUCAUGAGACUCCUCGGUGCCAGCUCCAGCGGCGAGAUCAGCUGUGAGGCCGUCAGCAGCCUUCCCAACCUCAUCUUCCACAUCCACGGCAAAGAAUUCCCGGUGCCGCCCAGAGCCUACGUGUUAAGGAGUAAUGGGUACUGCACCCUGGCAUUGCAAGGCAUGGACACUCCCACGGAGGAGGGCGAGCUCUGGAUCCUGGGGGAUGUCUUUAUCCGGGAAUAUUACGUCAUCUUCGACAGGGCCAACAACAAGGUGGGGCUGUCCCAGCUGCCCUGA